AUGCAGCCGCGCUCCACUAGAAUAGCGAGGACAUUUCUGAGCGAGUUGGCGCGGCGCAGCUCUGGUGCCAACGUAGUUCCCCCGCGCUUCACUCAUGCAUCGCGGAAUGUACUGAACAAUUUGCGUGUGGGGCCGCGUGGCAGCAGCCUGGCGUGUCACAGUCCCUUCUUACAGGACGGUAGCCCCUGCUGGAUCCAAAACCGCAUCUUUGAUGCGCCAAACAAGCACCUCUUUCUGGAUCCUGGCGGCUCAUGGUGUCACUUGUGCCGUGAGCCGUUGGGAGUCUCGGCGGCUGGUCACCUCUCUGACCGUGAGCACCACAACCAUCAACUCUUCCUGUUUCUUGCAGCCGCGUUUCCACGCGGUGAAUAUGGGGAGCAUUUUAGGCCCUCCUUUUCCCCGCAUGCUGUUUUUACUGGUGCGGCGCGGUCCUUUCCGAGACUUGUACAGACUGUAGUUGGUGGGCACGUUCACACAGAGCAAGACGCUCUGCGACGUGCCUCCUUGGAGUCGAUGCUUAUCGACCUUAGCGACGGCGAAUCUCGCGGGGGGAGGCCGAUAUUGACGGCAUUUCAUGGCGCCGUUGCCCCCGAGCUUGCACACAGCGGAGAGCGAUUGUUUAAGGGCGCCGUGUCGCGGCUUAUUGUGGAGUGGUUCCCGGCACUAGGCCCCGGUGCCAUCACGCAGAUUGCCCACAAAUGUUGGGGGAGGUCGAAUUUGGAGAGCGUGUUUGACGCGCUCCGGAUGCAGUCGCUUGUGAACUGGCGAUGUAGCGAUGCGGCUUGGGAGGCAUCACCGGCUGCGAGAAACAUUGCAUGGAAAUCCGUUCUUAGACGAACGCUUUCCACAAAAACGGAAAAGGCCACUUUUGUUCGGUCGCUCCUGUGGGAGUUGACAACGCGGUGUGAAGAGGCGGCGGGCUGUGAUAAGGCACUGCCGUACACUGAGACGGAAAAGCUGAUGCUUGAGCUUACCAGGCGCCAGCUGGCGUUCGAGAUGGUUUUUCUGCAGUCUAUGAAAUACAUGCAACACGCGGAUCAACUAUUGCGGGAAAUGUCGUUCCCGUCUGUUGACACGCUAAUGUCAAUGGGUGCCGCGUAG